AUGACGCGUGUCGCUCAAUCGGUUUCAAGGUUUGAUUUGAUCUUGUUGAGUGAUCUUAAGUAUGCAGACUACUUUUUUUUUUUUUUUUUAAUUUCACAGCCUACGGCGACCUACCAGCUCAAUAAGGGUCAGUACUCUCCUAUCAAGUGACCUGCUCAUGAGUCUGAUUAUCUAAACAACUUUUUUCUUUCUAUUAGUUCUUUUUAUUCCUAGUCUGUGCACGUAGGAUUAGUCACGGCUGGUUAAAGUAGGAAGUAGAAAUGAAGUCUCCAAAUCUGAACCAUGUUAAAAGAUACUAUAAAAAUUAAAGGGCAUGGAGAAAUAAGAAUAGAUUUUUGCUCUGAUAUGUGGAACUUGGGUGUGAUUUAUGAAAAGUAAAACAUUUGUACUGAUAAUAGCGCUCAGAAGAAGAAGCCUCAGCAUUUUCAGACUUCCUUUUCUACAAUGAUCUAAGAAGCAGUUAUCCUGUGAAGAUACAUUCGUCGUUUGCUGGUUUGAUUUUAUUAGGAGAACAUGGGUCUGUGACCUUCCCUAACAUUCCUUACAAUUUAGAGAGAUUUGGAGAAAUUUGUGAGCUGAAUGUCUCUCUUGAAUCUAAAAUUAGAACACAGUGUCUGCAGCAAGAAGCCCAGCUCGAUUCAGAGACCAGCAGGCAAGCGAGCUAUUAGAGUGAACAGUAAUCCCACAUUAGUAGGCUCUUAUGAGAUAUUAUUAUCAUCUGUUUUGAUAGUUAUUGAUGUAUUUAUGCGCUAGAUUAUCCCUUUUAUUUUUAGGUUUCUUGCAACUUUCCCUGUACCAGCAAGGUGAGUCGUCUCUACUUGGUCAUGUGGACGUUUCAGAGCAAACAUCAGUUUGGAACACUUUAAGCAUUUGUCCAACCGGUUUUACCAACAAUCAAAACACAGGAGAGAAGUUGUUAUCCGUGGUGGGAAAAGGCAUUGGACUUUCUUUCACAGUGCAAAUAACCGAAGGUGCAUCAGAAAUUGCGCUUGAUAAACCACAGACAGUCAAUGUCCGGGGAGAUGAGGUGUGCGUGUUCCAGUUCAUUCCACCUCAAGGAAUCUCUGAUAAACAAUUGGACAUCACUGCCACGUCCGAAUCAAAAGUUGCUGCCUAUUUAAAGGUAUCGCAGAACUGUAAAGAGGUCGACGUCCAGAAAGACCUAGAGAGCAUAGAUUACAAGAAGGAAUCUCUUCGACUUUCCUUUGCAACAAAAGGACGAAUAACUUUAUCCAGAGUUUCCAUUCCCCCUUUAACCGAUUCCGUCCCCAAAUGGUUCAUUGGAAUUGGUCUGAAGAACCCAUCAAGUGACGUCAAACUUAGUGAGUCAAAAAGUGUCAAAUUAAGGCUGACAAGGUCGUUUGAUUAUAAUUAUGCCGCGCCCAUUUGUGCCCUAUUUUUUGUAUUAUUUCUGGUUGGUAUAUUAGUGUCUGUCAUUGCGUGUUUUCUCUUCGAAGAGCCUCUCACCCAGGUAAAGCCUGGUGAAGGUGAUCAGUUCAAUAAUAAUGCUGAUUUAACAUGUCGUGGUUUUUUUGUUGAAAUGUUAAAGGUUAUCAGUUAUCACUGGUUUUCCUUUGGUCCAAAGACCUUCUCCUAUAUCACAGGUAUUGUGGGUAAUGUGCUUAUGGUAGGCGCUUUUCAGUUCGUGUUUGCAAACUGGGAUACGAUGAUUCAGAAUGGGGACAGAGAUAAUUGUUACUACAACGACUUUUGUUAUAGAGUUGCAAAUCAUGAUAUUCCAUUUAACUUGAUGUUAAGUAACUUGACUUACAUAGUCCACAGCCUAAUCUUAGUUGUGUGGGUACUGAUACUGGAAACCAAGGUGAAUGUUCGUUGCCAAAGCGGUAGAGACGCCCUGGAGGCAACAGCAAUAAAAAAGAGGUACUGUUUUUCUAUUGGGUAUGCGUUUUCCUGGGGACUAGUCUUCGAGGGAUUGUUUUCUACUCUUUAUCACUUCUGCCCAAGCAGGUUCACAUUUCAGUUCGAUUCGGCCUUCAUGUUUAUCAUUGCUGGUUUAACUGUGCUGUUGUUGUAUAAUGGCAUUGAGUAG